UCGAACAGUCUGCCGUGUGUACUUUGUGACAUCGGCCUUGUGCUAGUAACUUGCCAGAAAACGUCGCUUUACCAUCAUUUGAUAACUCGUCUCUGGAGGACUAUUUUUAAUGUUUAUAUCUCGUGUCAGUGCCGUGAAUAUUUUUAUCAAAAGACUUUAAUUUAAACUACAUCAUGAAUGCAACAGAGAUAACAUAUAGGCCGAUUAGCCUGAAACUUAAAGUUAUGCACGUAGUGAGAUUAACUGUCGCAGCCAUAGCGAGGUUGUUCUUCAGAUUGUACUACGGAAAUGAAGGUGAAAAAGUUCCCCCUAUUACCGAUGACAUAUUGAAGGAACCGGCUAUUGAAGUAGCAAAGAAAAUACGCAACAAAGAGAUUACAAGUGUCGAGGUACUAGAAGCAUGUAUUAGACGAAUAAAAAAUGUCAACUCGAUCCUCAAUUGUUUUGUCGAAGACCGGUUCGAGCUGGCUAUGAAGGAAGCCAGAGAGGCCGAUGAACUCAUACGCAGUGGGACUAAGACUAGCGAACAAUUGGCCAGUGAAAAACCUUUCCUCGGUGUGCCAUUCACGACCAAAGACUGCAUCAGUGUGAAAGGUCUCCACCAAACGGCUGGUGUUGUGCUACGUAAGGAUUUUAUAGCUGAAGAGGAUGCUAAGGCCAUAAGUCUUGUAAAGGAAAAGGGAGCUAUAAUAAUAGGGCUCACUAAUGUCCCUGAACUUUGUAUGUGGUGGGAGACGCACAAUCAUAUAUUUGGACGAACUAAUAAUCCGUAUAAUACCACUAGAAUUGUCGGUGGGUCUUCGGGCGGCGAAGCUUGCUUGCAAGCGGUCGGUGGUAGCUGUUUUGGUAUUGGUUCCGACAUAGGUGGAUCAAUCCGAAUGCCAGCAUAUUUCAAUGGAAUAUUUGGACACAAACCUUCUAAGUUUGUAGUAUCCAAUCAUGGACAGUAUCCUAGUCCAGAAUCCGAAUUACAUGAUUCUUUCCUAAGUAUUGGCCCCAUGACAAGAUUUGCAGUAGAUUUAAAACCUAUAUUGAAAAUACUAUCAGGUGAAAAUGCAAGUAAAUUAAAUUUGGAUGAGCCAGUUGACAUUCAGAAAAUAAAAUUCUUCUAUCAAAUUUCUAAUGAUGCACCAACCGUGGAUGCUGUUGAUGUAGAUAUAAUAACUGCAAUGAAAACAGUGGUAGAAUAUUUAAAGGUGCAACAUCAAAUCACCGCAGAAGAAAAAAAAAUUAAGCAACUUCAAAAAUCCAUUGCUAUAUGGCUAUCAACAAUGAAAUCCGAAAAAUUAUUUGGAGAAUUCAUAAUGACAAAGGACACUGUAGCAUUAAUCUUACUUGAAACGGUGAAGAAUCUCUUUGGACUUUCUGGUAAUACUUUCAUCGGGCUUGUUACUUCAUUGAUUGAUCACGGUGGAGUAUCAGUUGGUGACGAAAGAUACCAUCAUUACUUAAAAUCGCGAGAAAAUUUAGAAAAAACUUUUACAGACAUGCUUGGAGACAAUGGAGUGUUCUUGUAUCCAACUCAUCCGACUCCAGCUCCCUACCAUAAUGAACCAAUAGUUAAACCAUUUAAUUUUAGUUAUACUGCAAUUAUAAACUCUCUUGGUUUACCUGCUACGACUAUACCUUUAGGACUUAGUAAGGAAGGACUUCCAAUAGGAUUGCAAGUAGUAGCAAAUCACAAUCAAGACAGAUUAUGCUUAGCAGUUGCAGAAGAGUUAGAAAAAGCUUUCGGAGGGUGGAUUGAACCUCAAAAAGCAUAAUAAUCAAUAAAAUCAUAAAAGAUUUGAGUGUCGUAAUGCUGUGUACACCAGCUUAUGUUCGUAACUAUGCGCGUUCUUGUAAUAACUAAUUUCAGCGAUAUUCAUACAAUGUCCAAAAAAUGUUUCUACUAUCUUUGGGUUAGACAUUAUUGUAGAACGGACUGCCAAGACUAAUGGCCGCAGGUUCAAAACCCAAGGGCACACACCUCUGACUUUUCUAAAAUUAUUUGUGUAUUCUUUGUGAAAUAUGGCUUGCUUUAACGGUGAAUUAAAACAUCGUGAGGAAACGUGCACACCUGAGAUGUUCUCUGUAGGUAUUUGGAAGGUGUGUGAAGUCUACGAAUCCGCACUAGGCCAGCGUAGUAGACUUAAGGCCUAAUCCCUCUCAGUAGUAGAGAAGGCCUGUGCCCAACAGUGGGACAGUAUAUAAUACAGGGCUGAUAUUAUAGUCCAUAAACAAGAACAAACUUUACUAAAAUUAUUUUUGAUGCAAGUAUCUAACCACCUCUAGGGGACACCAUUAUACAGGUUAUUUUGUAUUUAUAUUUAUAAGAAGAGAUACAUAUAAAUGUAUAAUAUUGUAUUUUUGAUUAUUUUGAAUACACACUUUGUAAGUAAA